AUGAGCGCGCUGCUGCCGCUGCCGGCUGUGCCGGCUGUGCCGGCUGCGGCCACGCCUCAACUUCCCGCAGCGCGGCUGCGGGGCACCACUCCUGGUGGGAUCAAUGGCGGAAGAGUUGUCGACUCCCGGUGGCCCCAAGCGCUGGUCACUCUGGCGCUUGGGCCCCUGCGACGACGACUUCGCUCGUCUACCGCUCGGAAGGCAAUGCCACUGGAGCUGGAGAACCAGCUGAAGUUGAAGGUGAUCAUGCUGCAACGUGGUGACACUGCGGAGUCUGAUGUGAUGCUGGCUGAGGUGGGCAAUCCAGAUGAAGACACCUGGAAGCCGGUUCGAUUGAAACCCAGCGAGGACAAGACAUCGUGGAGCGACGCGGACAGCUCCGUGGUGCUGCAGAUGUCCGAGGCACAGCUGCUGCAAAAGCUGUGCCCGCAGCGGGAGAGCAGCCCCAGUUUUCGUGCUUCUGCGCCCUAUUGGCCGCAGAUCAUUUCGCAGCAGAUGGGCCCGUGGCCGCUUAAAGGCCCUGGCACUGUUCUCUUUGAGCCCAAUCGCCUCUUGGAUGUGGCGAAGGAGCUGCGGAACGGCACAGGACCCGUGGUGAUUCCCGGUGGCGCGCAAGAAUUGCAGCUGCCCACGAGCGAUGUGGUGGAUCUGCUGUUCCCCUGCCUAAUGGGUUCCUCCUUGGCAGACGUCUUCGGCGAAGACUCGCAGGGCCAGCUGACCUACCAGGAGCUGCUUGAGAGCUGCCCCGGUCUGGGCGACGUCGGAGCAGCAGAUCUCAGCCGCGUUGAGCGGCUGACGGAUGGCAGAGUGGUGACCUUUGAACAGAAGCCAUUCAACAUGGAAUGCAUGUCCCGCCGAUGGUCGCGCGGCGCGGUGAUUCGAAAGCUUGGGAAGAACGGGGUCGCUGAGACCGCGGGGUGCAAGGCCGGUGACAUCAUCGUGACCAUCAACGGCGAGGCGGUUCUGAACGCCACCCUGGCGGACGUGGAGGAGCGGUUGGAGCAACUUCCAGCGCAGUUGGAGGUGGGGCAACCAGUCCUGCAGGAGCCCUUGUACCUCCGGGAGGCCACCACCGACCUCCUGACCAGCCUGGCAGAUGUGGAGGCAACGGAGGCAGUAGAAGAGCUGUUGCCCAGGGUCUCCCAGUUAAUGGAGGGUCAGGCGUCAAUGAGUGAUAAACUUCCACAGGUGUUUGCCGGCGACGGCGGUUCUGCAUCUCAUGUGCACGUGGAUUCCACACCCAUGGUGCAGAUGUGCCACGUGGUGCACGGUGUGAAGAUCUUUGGCGUUGACAGCAGCGCUGGGGCGUCGGGUGACUUGAAACCCUGGGUCACACGAUGGGGUUCUCCAGCUUCAACCGAAGCGGAGGUGGCGCUACCUGUUGACGUGGACUUGGAUCAGGAAUAUGCUGCCUGGUUGGCCAGCCGCGAGACCAGCAUUGCCAUGUGCCGUGCGGGAGAUGUGAUGCUCUUCUGGGGAGGCAACCCACACUUUGGCUCGAAUGGCAUGGGCGCGGGUCCCUGUGUGGCACUCUUCCAUGGCUUUGAGCUACGCCAGAACGUGGAGAAAGGCGCUGUGGAGGGCUUCAAGCGCUGUAGCAUCUACGCCAUGGACUGGACAGGUGACAAGCUGCUGGUGGCUGCCAAGGAUGGUCCUGGCAUUCGAUUGCAAGAUGUGGAGAGAGGAGUGGAAGAGAGAACUUGGUCCGGGGAGUGGAUGAGCAUCCGCACGGACCCCAACAAUCCCUUCGUGGCCGCCGCGGUGGCGUGGAAUGGCAAGUUCAAACUCUUCGAUACCAGACAAGCAAGUCAGUCUGUGUUCGAUGUUGACUUGAAGAAGACAUCGCCAUCGAUGAGGGACUUCCUGUACCUCUGUUGGUCGCCAGAUUCGAAGAAUAUCGCCCUCAGCAACCGCAAUGACCAGAUCUACCUCUUAGGGCUGAAGAAGGGAGAGAGCAACUGCCUUCGCUUAGGUUCCUCCAAGAACAUGAACAUGGAGGUGAACCAGAUGGUUUACAGCCCCAGCGGCGACAGCCUUUGGGUGGCCACAGGUGGCAACCCAGGGAAGUUGCACAUCUUUCCCUCCGACAGCUUGCAGAAGCCGGAGCGAAGUGUUACGGCCCACAAUUGGGUGACCUGGCAGCACUGA